AUGUCAGGACGACUAGACUCGGACCCUGAUUUCGAGUUUUUCGACUCCAACACUUUGCCAGUGGAAGGAGCGAACAGCCCUGGAUUCUUCUUGGAUGAAGAUUUUGCGACUGAGAGCUCACAAUAUUAUUUUGGAUCUCCCAACCCCUCGAAUCUGAAGAGCCCGCUUCCCCAGCAAGCCUCUCUCCUAGACACCAGAGUUCAGCAGCCACUUUCUGCGCCCUCCACAGCCUCUCCCGUUGGAUCGUAUCAGGAUUCGUCUUCGGAAUCGUCUGGAUACAAGCGCAAGUCUAGUUCUGGCUCUUCGCGGUCAGCACUGACGUCGGGCGACGUGAUGAUGAACGAUGAUACAGAUAUGGGGGAUUGGAAGGUGGAGGACAUGCUGGCAGGAAAUGAGGCAUUGGCCUUUGGUGGAUAUGAAGGAACUAUUGACCCCUCGGCCAUGAGCAACAAUUAUGGGGCUUUCAGCGACAAGACCAUGGAGAAUGACUUCGAUUUCGAGAGUGCUGCGAGCAGUCCUAGCCCAUUUGCUAUUGGGCCAGUUGAGAUGGACUCCCCAGAGAUGCCGAUGAUCAAGUACGAUACUCCAAAGCAGAAUUCGGCAAUGCUGAAGACAAAAUUUAAGAACCACAAUAAGGCCAAUUCUCAACAUUCAGUAACACAGUCGAUGAAUGGCCUAACAACCGGAGGCUCCAGAGAGGCUUCGCCUCUAUCUGCAAUGGUCACUAGCCAAGAAUCUUCUCCCUCGGCUUUCUUCAACAAUUCCCCGUCUCCAAGUACUGGCGUCGAUUUCAUUAGUGGGACAAUGCUUGGUGGAGUUCCAAAUACCAACUGGGCAGCAGGGUUAGAUGGGUUCUCGAAUCAUGGCUUGCCAGCAGUUCAUCACGGACUCAAUCCCCAUCAGAUGCCGAGAAUGGCCCCAACUCAAGGAUUUGCGAAUAUGGGUCCCCCUUUCAAGCCAGUUCUAACGGUUCACCCAACUCCUCUGAAAUCUCGCGUAGAAACGCAGAUCCCGAUUAAGAUGACAUUAUUCCCUUUGCCCAUGGGGAUCACCAAGCUUCACCUACCAACACACACAAUCUCCAAACCCAAGCUACUUGCUAAGCCCACGCCCAAUCGAUCGCCCGAUACCUUAGAGCUGUAUACAACUCUCGUAUGCACGAGUGCUAUGCAGAAUCCGGAGAACAGGAGACGGGCCUUCGAGCGAGCUGCUGCUCCCGAACCAGCUCAAGAUGAGACUACCGGAGAGAAAGCUUCAGAAGAGGAUGAAGAGAACAAACCGCUAAACGGCGGUGAUGUCAAGAUCUGUGCUGGCUGCAUAACGCGAGAACGAAAGCGGGCAGCACGCAAGAAGGUGAAGAAAGUCGAAGAAGAGGAAUCGUGGCAUAAGGACGAGGCCAAACGUGUGAUCGUCUUCAAUACACAUGAAAUCAAGGAUUGGCAAGCACCAACGAGUCAGCCCCCUUCGGAAUCCACCGGGGAUCGACCAGAACCAUUUGUCCCAGAAGGAGCAAUGCAAGUGGACGCUCCUAUGCGUAUUGCGUGCUAUUGCCGGCAUCAAAACGAGAAGCUUGGAUUUCAGGUGAUCUUCACAAUCAAGGAUUACCAAGAUCGUCUAGUUGCUCAAGAGAUGACUUCUUCGAUCAUGAUCACGGAUGAUCACAAGACUCAUAACAUGCCACCCCUACCCACGCAGAAUUCAAAUGGCUCCGAUAGCCAGGUCUACUCCGGUUCGGGGGCCUUUCCAGGUGACGGAACAUUCGACAUGUCUACUGGUCCAGUUGGCAGCAUGGCUCCUUUCCGGCUAUCACAUUCAAGCUCGGACUUGCAAAGUCUACAACGAAACCUCAAUAUGGCGUACCCCGCUCCGAUGAGUUUUGGAGGCUCCUCUCAGCCAUCACAGACCACCUCUGCUACCAUGACACCGCGGAACAUGUCUCGCCAGACUUCGCCGUCCUCUUCUGCGGGCCCAACGUCGAAGAAGAGAAAAGCCAGUGGAUCAAGCAAAGUUCCCAGUGGCUUGGCGAUGACAAGGCUUGAGACAGCGGAGGCAGGCAUGGGACAAGCCAGCUCGUCAAACCCGAUGAGUGCACCGACUUCAGCUGCGCAAUCUCCCUUUACUCCAAGCCUCGCCAACUUCCCACUCCCAACAACUGAGCAGCAAUUUGCACAGAGCUCGACGACGGUUCCAAAUGUUCCACAACAAUACAAUACCGGCCCUCCAACUCCAAAUAGCAAUGAUCAAGUCUUCUUCACCAACGCCAACAGAUCUCAAUCAAUGGAGAACCUGGCCAUGCAUCAGUUGUAUUCGGCACCAGCCUCAGCUCAUCCCAGUAGAGUCCCGAGUCCCAAUGGAUUAAGGAACACUGUUCAGGCGUAUCAGCAGCAGCAGGCUCAAAUUGCACAAGCAGUUGCGAAUGGCCUGUAUGGAAUACCCUUGAGCCUGAACCCUCACCGACCGCCAACGAUUCACAAAUUGAUUCCCAACGAAGGACCCAAAGCUGGAGGUAUCGAGGUGACUUGUCUGGGCAGCGGAUUCUGUCAAGGUUUGGAAGUGAUGUUUGGCGACUCCAAAGCGACAACGACGACUUUCUGGGGCGAAACGUCCCUCGUUUGUCUCCUCCCGCCGUCUGCAUUUGCUGGAACUGUAGCGGUGACUUUCAAGCAUCAACACCAACAACAACAGAUGCAACCUUAUCCCACGCCUCCUAUUCCGAAACAGCAAGCCUUCUUCAAGUAUGUGGACGAUGACGAACAGCAAAUAAUAAGAACAGCACUUUCCGUUUUGGGACACAAGAUGACCGGGAAGAUGGAGGAUGUUCGUGAUCUUGCGAGGCGGAUUGUUGGAGAUGGCCCUUCUUCCUGGGGAGCACCAACCGGCCACUCGCCGACUGGGGGCAGCGGUGGAAAUCAACAGGUCUCCGGUUUCAACGCCGCUACCUUCGGCAUUGAUGUGGAAGCAACUCUUCUGAGAUGCUUAGACCUUAUCGAUCUCGACGACAGCCCCCACAUGCCUCGCCUCAAUUUGAGAAGGGCGUCUGGGCAGACCAUGCUUCACCUGGCGUGCUCGCUUGGCCUCCAUCGCUUCGUGGCAGCACUACUCGCCCGAGGAGCAAAUCCCGAGCCGCGAGACAAGGGCGGCUUCACACCAAUGCACUUUGCAGCGCUUCAUGAUCACCCCCAAAUUGUGAGGCGCCUCAUGCUCAGCGGUGCCGACCCUACUGUCCGAAGUCUCGCAGGUCUCACGCCUUCAGAUAUGGCAACAUCCGAAGAAGUUCUCCGUGCAGCUCGACGUAUCGAGCACCACUCCAGAACUCGCAGUGGGGGCUCGCUGAAGAGCAGAACCAGCAGUGCUACUUCUUUGAGGUCUGUCUGGGAAUCUGCUUCUACACCAGCACCCAGCGACAUACCUGCUCCGGACGAGGACAGUAGUGAAGGUGACAACGAAUACGAGGAUGAAGACGCCGAUGCUGCAAACGAUGGAGCAUUCUGGAUGAGAUCAAGACGUCCCAGUGCUCAGAAAUUACCAAAGAGCGAUUCUGCAGACGAGAAAGAUCCAAGUUUAGAAUUACCUGGAAUCACUGAAACAGCUGGGCUAGCUUCGCCAACCGCAGCUAUGACAGCUUUCCGAGAUCAACUGAAUGCUCAGAUUCAACAUCUACAACGCACCAUGCAGCUUAACCUCCCGAAUCUGCCACAGAUGCCGAGAUUCGAUAUGAUGCCCAAUCUGCCUGACUACCAAUCCUAUCUCCCGACUGCUCCUAUGGUUCGCCGUAUUAGCAACUUGGUGGGUAACAAUCGGCCAGCUAAUGCAAAGGAACAAGACUAUAAAUGGUGGGACCUCUUCUCCGUCACAGUACCGGCCGCUCCGCCUGCAUAUGAAGAUAUCUUCCCUCACGGUGACGUUGAUACCAAACGAGCAUCAGCCGUGCAAGCCGCCGCUGAUAUCGUUGCGGACAACAAGUGUGCCGAACUAUUCGACCAGGCUGAAAGCUCUACUACCGCACUAAGGAGAUCUACAACGUUGGAGACAGUUAGGAUUGGCCAAAAGCAUACAAUCACUAGGGAACAACAGGAUCAGUUACGCCUGGCACACGCAGAGAAGGUCAAGAGGCUCAGCCGUGAUCGAAAUCUUUUCUUUAUUUGGAUCCCUCUUCUCGUCGUCAUCAUCCUUGCGAUGCUCUACAAUCGCGUUCCGCAGGUAUGGAGUGGAGCCUCAAGCUUUAUAUCCUCGGUGCGAAAUCCUACUGCUGCCAACGAACAGCCACAAAUCGUCAAGGUGGCACAAUAA